UACAAAUCCCCAGAACGAGCAGCAUCGGUGGUGGCUCAGGUCAGUUAGUUCUGUCGAGCAGCCGUCCACGCAGCUAUCUAUAUUCCUUUUCUUAAAUUAGCCACUUUAAGCUUCGCGAUACCGCCCCCAGUAGCAGCGUCGGUACGGAGCCGCCAGGCCGGGACAGAGACGGAGAGAGAGGCCUUGGCCAUGGAAGCCCUCGGACCGGGCCCGCCCGCCCCUCCCUCUCUGUUCCAGCCUCCGCGGCGUCCCGGCCUCGGCACGGUGGGGAAACCCAUCCGGCUCCUUGCCAACCACUUCCAGGUGCAGAUUCCCAAGAUUGAUGUCUAUCACUAUGAUAUCGACAUCAAACCUGAGAAACGGCCUCGAAGGGUCAACAGGGAAGUGGUGGACACGAUGGUGCGGCACUUCAAGAUGCAGAUCUUUGGAGACCGACAGCCUGGCUACGACGGGAAGAGGAACAUGUACACAGCCCAUCCACUGCCAAUUGGGAGAGAUCGGGUGGACCUGGAGGUGACUCUGCCCGGUGAGGGGAAGGACCAGACGUUCAAGGUGUCUUUGCAGUGGGUAUCUGUGGUCAGUCUUCAGAUGCUGCUGGAAGCCCUGUCUGGUCACCUUAACGAGGUCCCAGAAGAUUCGGUUCAAGCUCUGGAUGUCAUCACACGGCACCUGCCUUCCAUGAGGUACACUCCUGUGGGGCGAUCAUUUUUCUCCCCUCCGGAGGGCUAUUAUCAUCCUCUGGGUGGAGGCAGGGAGGUGUGGUUUGGCUUCCAUCAGUCUGUCCGUCCUGCCAUGUGGAACAUGAUGCUCAACAUCGACGUGUCAGCCACAGCUUUCUACCGCGCUCAGCCUGUGAUCGAGUUCAUGUGUGAGGUGCUGGACAUCCAGAACAUCAACGAACAGACCAAACCACUGACAGAUUCACAGCGCGUCAAAUUCACCAAGGAAAUAAGAGGCUUGAAAGUUGAGGUCACACACUGUGGUCAAAUGAAGAGGAAGUACCGUGUGUGCAACGUGACACGCCGACCUGCCAGUCACCAGACGUUCCCCUUACAACUUGAGAACGGCCAAGCCAUGGAGUGCACAGUCGCACAGUAUUUCAAGCAGAAGUACAAUCUGCAGCUCAAAUAUCCCCAUUUGCCCUGCUUGCAAGUAGGACAAGAACAGAAGCACACCUACCUUCCCCUGGAGGUCUGUAACAUAGUAGCAGGCCAGCGCUGUAUCAAGAAGCUGACGGACAACCAGACAUCCACCAUGAUCAAAGCUACAGCCCGCUCUGCCCCCGACAGACAAGAAGAGAUCAGCCGACUGGUCAAAAGUAACAGCAUGGUCGGUGGCCCGGACCCCUACCUGAAGGAGUUUGGCAUUGUGGUCCACAAUGACAUGACAGAAGUGACAGGGCGUGUGCUCCCGGCGCCCAUGCUGCAGUAUGGGGGCCGGGUGAGUACGGACACCGGACGGGACUGUGGCAGGGGACUCUCUCCGCAGAAUAAAACCGUGGCCACGCCCAACCAGGGCGUGUGGGACAUGAGGGGGAAGCAGUUCUAUGCCGGCAUCGAGAUCAAGGUCUGGGCCGUGGCCUGCUUCGCCCCACAGAAACAGUGUCGAGAGGACCUGCUCAAGAGCUUCACUGACCAGCUGCGAAAGAUUUCCAAGGAUGCAGGGAUGCCCAUUCAAGGCCAGCCAUGUUUCUGUAAAUAUGCCCAAGGAGCCGACAGCGUGGAGCCCAUGUUCAAACACCUCAAAAUGUCUUACGUAGGCCUGCAACUGAUUGUGGUCAUCCUGCCCGGCAAAACACCAGUCUAUGCUGAGGUGAAGCGGGUGGGUGACACCCUCCUUGGCAUGGCAACCCAGUGUGUGCAGGUGAAGAACGUAGUGAAGACGUCCCCUCAGACGCUCUCCAACCUGUGCCUCAAGAUCAACGCCAAGCUGGGAGGCAUCAACAACGUCCUGGUGCCUCAUCAGAGGCCCUCGGUGUUCCAGCAGCCUGUCAUCUUCCUGGGGGCGGACGUCACACAUCCUCCAGCAGGUGAUGGGAAGAAGCCGUCCAUCGCGGCGGUGGUGGGCAGCAUGGACGGCCACCCCAGCCGAUACUGUGCCACGGUGCGAGUCCAGACGUCUAGACAGGACAUAUCACAGUGCCCUACUCCUCCAACCAAUCAAGAGCAACUCUUCAGCCAGGAGGUAAUCCAAGAUUUAACCAAUAUGGUGCGAGAGCUGCUCAUCCAGUUCUACAAGUCCACUCGCUUCAAGCCCACACGCAUCAUCUAUUACCGCGGCGGUGUGUCUGAGGGACAAAUGAAACAGGUGGCUUGGCCGGAGCUGAUAGCCAUCAGGAAGGCCUGCAUCAGUUUGGAGGAGGACUACAGGCCGGGCAUUACCUACAUCGUGGUUCAGAAACGUCACCACACUCGCCUUUUCUGCUCUGACAAAGCUGAGAGGGUGGGGAAGAGUGGUAACGUCCCAGCAGGCACCACGGUGGACAGCACCAUCACACACCCGUCCGAGUUCGACUUCUACCUGUGCAGCCAUGCUGGGAUUCAGGGAACCAGUCGCCCGUCCCACUACCACGUCCUGUGGGACGACAACUGUUUCACUGCUGAUGAACUGCAGCUCCUCACGUACCAGCUGUGCCACACUUACGUCCGCUGCACGCGCUCCGUCUCCAUCCCAGCACCGGCCUACUACGCCAGGCUGGUGGCUUUCCGAGCCCGCUACCACCUGGUGGACAAAGACCAUGACAGUGCUGAAGGAAGCCACGUGUCGGGCCAGAGUAACGGCCGGGAUCCCCAGGCGUUGGCCAAGGCAGUCCAGAUCCACUAUGACACCCAGCACACCAUGUACUUUGCCUGAGUCAGCGGCAUGUCAUCCAGUCCACCUGGGGAUUCCCCUUUUUUCUUUUUAAAUCUCUUGUCUCUAUAUAUAUCUCUCUCCUGGUCCCACGUGUCCCUAUCUCUUUGUUUGUAGUUUUGUCUCCUUCUCUUCACACUCACUGUACAAUUUCUAAAUCUGCACCAAAGCGGCUCUCGGACAGGAGAGAUGGGGGGGGGGGUUGGGAGGGUAUAACCUGCUAUGUCUCAAUAUGUCCAGCAGGUUUUUUUAAUUUAAUUUUAUAUAUUAUUUCAAGGAACAAUCGCCAACCAGCGUUCCCAAUCGAGCCGCCCUUUCGAACCAGCAAUCCAGCACUGCAAACCCCGAGAGGUUUGCAGUGCACAAAAGGAGAAAAACAAAAACCACAAAAAAACCACACACAUACUACAAGUUGAGCCAUUAUUUUUGAGUUUGUUUUUUCUAUGUGAAUGUCUGCACUCUUGUGUUUGUAAGAUACACUGAGCAAGGGAGUGGACUGGCACAACGUGUGCGCUGCUCUUUGGCUCUCCCAGCUAAGCAGGACUCUUAUCUACUUUUACCUCAAAGCCCCUUCGGGCAAAAAUCUGUCACAAGGUCUUGGGUUUAUUGGGUGGUCGGGAGGGAACUCUAAAUGACAUGAGAUGAUGGGGAGUCGACCUUUUGCGAAUUAUACAUAUAUUUAUAUAUAUACAUAUAUAUAUAAAUAUAUUCUUUUUAUGCGCGUGUGUUUUAAUCUUUUUCUCCUCUCAUGGUCUUUAACAAGCGAGGUGACCUGGGUGUCCAUGCCCAUUACUGUUUUCCUCCCAUUUUAGCGAAGAAUACACAGGUCUGUACGUGUGCGUGCGCAUCUCUGUAUAUACGUGUGUGUGUGUGUGUGUGUGUUUCAUGACAGGCCACUGAAUUGUAAAGGGAAAUCAAGGAGAUAACUGCUGUAAAUGCCUCAGAUUUGUUUUUAUAUUCACACAUACAGUACAUAUAAGCAUAUAUUUACAUCUGUAGAGCAACUUUGAGACAUAUGACUUAAACAAGCCUCCUAGAGGCUGGUGUGGGGAUUUGUAGCAGCCCUGCGUCACUUGUUAAUUUGGAAUGCUUUGAGGUGCAUUUAAAAAAAAAAAAAAUCUUUUAAAUGGUCGUGGAGUCGCACAUUCAGGAGCCAGGUGCUCAGUUUGUGCCUCAAAAAAACUAUUGGAUCCCAGCAAAAUGCAACCGAAUCCCAUUCCAGGUAGCAAGUGAAGUCAGGUCUGGCUGUAGCAGUGGUGACGGAAGUCGGGCCUCGGCUGAAGGCAUUAAACACAGAGUAUGGUCAUUAUCAGCCCUGCUGUCUGUGAAAAGCAGUUAUUUUUCUUUGGACCUGAUUUAUCUGAAAGAUUAUAUGAUGACACUGCUGGGCGUUGCUUCUCAUUUCGUUCUUUUUUUUUUUAAUUUUUAGUUUUAGAUGUAGUAUCAAGGGCCGGAAACCAACGUAGUUUUUUGAGGUCUCCUUUGCUAAUAUUGGCCAAUUCAUUGCACUGACCCGGGACGCUAGGCAAGCAACAGAGGGCACUCUCAAUCUCUCUUAACUUUAUGCAUUUAUACAUACGAAUCAACAAAGCAGAUUUGUAAAAGUUUAAUAUAAGAUGUUUUGUGGUUACCUUAAAAAACAGACAAAAAAACCCAGUUGUUUAGAUUUAGUAGUUUGCCAUGGAUGUUGUUGUUGUUGUUGUUGAUCGUUGUUGUCAUUGUUAAUAUUGUGAUGAUGAAAUUUUAUGGUGAGCAGUAAAGCCAGUGAUAUAGUGACUAGUGCGACUUCAGGAAUAGACCUCAGCAGUUGAGCUGCAGGUUAGGAUGUAGAUCUUUGGCUUUGGAAAUAGUUUUGUAGCAUUCUGGUUAACGGUGAGAAGAAGUAGACCCCAGGAUGGACAAGCUCAUGCUUCCUCUGCAGGUUCUGAUGCCAGUGAAAUGCAGCGGCCUGCCACUGGGUAGGAUCGGAUAGAUGGAGACAAUCUGGGAUUGUAAUCCGUAAAAACGUAGAUCAAGGGAUUUGUUUUAAAGAAUGAUUUGCUAUGGGCAAUGAGUUGAAUUUCUAGACUUUUAAAAAAUGGUUUCUUACUCGAUGUAUUUGAAAUAUACCCACCUUAAAAUCUCUAUUUGACAGUGUUCGUUUCAUGUUUUUAUGCAUUUUUAAACACUGGAUGAAAUGAAUCGACAAUAAGCAUAAGCACUGCCCAUGGACGCCCCACCCCCCCACCCCCGCCCCCGUCCACGUGCUAUCGGCGGUGUACUGUGGCGACCGUUGUGGUUGGGCAGAGCGUUUGGAGAAACGGUCGACGUGCACGCCUCGUCAGGAGGGGACCGCUCAGUGGAAACCCUUUUGUAAUAAACCACCCGUAAAGCAGCAGGUUUACUAUGAAUGAGUUUGAGCGCCCGCCUGCUGCAGGCGUGGGCGUUGGCGGCGGACAGGACCAGGGAGGCAGGACGGGGAGUCGCGGGGGAAAUGGGAUAGUGUUGUCCAGGCGUUGCAUGCAAUAAGUUUUAUUCCCUUUUUUUGAAGUGAGGGGAGGCAGAUGAGUUUAAAAACGUGCACUAAUUUCGCUGAGCCACUAGGGCUAUGUUGGAACAUUCAUGUGGCAUCUAGACCGGCAAGGAUUUGACAUUUUUUAAUCCUGUAUUUGAUCAUUAAACUCGUCCGUCAGUGUGAAAACUGACCACUCCUUUUUGUUUGUAACAUGACUUAGCAAAGCAAUAUUUACCCAGUUGUCAUUUUGAAAUGUGGAAAAACAAAGCUAUAAUUCUACUCAUUGUUGGUCGUUGUUCUCUCACUAUUGUGUAUCUGUAUCUUUAAUUCUUUUAAUUGUUUUGUUUAUUUUGUAUUCUUUGCUUGUAUCAAUCAGUGGGAAUGUGCAUUUGGUGGAAUAGUUUAUUUAGGCUUUAGACCAUUUUCUUUAACGUAACAAAAUUAAGACUUUGCUCGCCUGCAUGCCAGAGUACGGUCCUUUUUUUUAGAAAAAAAUAAAAGAAUAAAAAUAACUUGGAAGGGGGAAAUCAUAUUUAUUAAAAGAGGUUAAAAAAAAUCUGAGGGUUGGGGGGGGGGGGGGUUGAAUGUUUAUCAAUUUAGUGGGACUGUUUUAGGCUAGCAAUAUCUGCCAAGUGUCUUAAAUGGCACUUUUUAAAGAUUCCUAAACAAAUGUCAUAGAUUUGGAAGGUACAUGCUCUUUUCUGAGGGGAGGGGUCCCGGCUCUUUGCCUCGUGUCCAUAUUCAAACGAGGUACUUUCUUCAAUCGUGGACCCUUUGAAGGCCGAACCCCUCUCCUC